AUGUCCCUCCCCCUUCUUCGCCUCACAGCGCUCCUCGGAACAGCCACCUCCGUCCUGGGCCACGGCUACGUCACCAGCAUCGACGUCGACGGCACCACCUACGGCGGCUACCUGAUCGACACCUACUACUACGAGUCCAACCCUCCCGAGAUAAUCGCCUGGUCCACAACCGCCACCGACACGGGCUACGUCGCGCCCACCGCUUACGACGACCCCGACAUCAUCUGCCACCGUGGCGCGGAGCCCGGUGCCCUCUCUGCAGAGAUUGCCCCCGGGGGGUCUGUCACCUUGUACUGGAGUACGUGGCCGACGGACCACCAUGGGCCGGUGAUCAGCUAUCUGGCUGAAUGUGGGGGUGACUGUGCGUCUGUCGACAAGACAACGUUGGAGUUCUUCAAGAUCGACGAAGGCGGUUUGGUCGAUAACUCUGCUGUCCCGGGCACCUGGGCUUCUGAUGAGUUGAUUGCGGCAAACUUCAGUCGGACGAUCACGAUCCCGUCGGAUAUCAAGAGUGGGAAUUACGUGCUGCGCCAUGAGAUCAUCGCCCUGCAUGGCGCGGGGACGCUCGAUGCCGCGCAGAACUACCCGCAGUGCGUGAAUCUCAAGGUUACUGGGAGUGGAACGGCCACGCCAGCGGGCACGCUGGGAACUGAGCUGUACAAGGACACGGAUGCCGGGAUUCUUGUGAAUAUCUGGAAUGCGCUGAGUAGUUAUGAGAUUCCGGGACCGGCGCUGUAUACCGCUGGUUCGGGUACGGCGACUUCUUCCUCAUCCUCUUCUUCUACUUCUGCUGCGACUGUCACGUCGACUUCUACCACGACAUCGAGCUCCUCGACAAUCUCUUCAACCGUAGAAGCGACUACCACACUGACCACUCCGGAUACCAACGAGCAACUUGCGACAAGCACCCAAGACCCAGUCGCAACACCCACUGGGGAUACUGACCCGACAUCUACACUCCCUGCCCAGUCCACUCCACCAUCUGAUCCCGAAUUCCCUUCUGCAACUGAGUCGGUUACUGAACAGACCGGAUCCACUUCCUCUGUUCCUUCCACAGUGGCGCCUUCCAGCACACCUUGUGCAGGAACCGGCGCCGACCACGACCACGGCCACCUCGGCGGACACCACAGGGGAGGGAGACGGAAGGGUGGAAAGAAGGCUGGGUUCCGUGGAGCUCAUCGGCGACAUGCGCGUGAUCUUGCUUUCUAG